ACGCUACCAGGGAGACACGACUGUCCGCAAUUGGUUACAGAUACUGUAACGCACAGUAUUGUGACUAGCUUCAGCGUGUAAGAUGGGUUGCAGUGAUGGAGACGAAAGGAACGUUUGAAAUCAGAGAGUUUAAAGAGGAUGAGCCUAUCGCGCAAAUCACAUAAGGACCAGCCAGGGUAAUACAAACAUAUAAAACCUUCAUACACAUAGUCCGACUAGAGGAAUAUGUAAAGAGCGUUGGCCAUUUGGAGCAAACGCUCAGGACUAUACAAGAAGAUAGUGAAACGAAGGAUUUAGUCAGGGCACUUCAAAACAAAUUGAGUCUGGUAAAAGGAAAAAUAGAAACGAUAUCUCCCAAGAAGAGAAGUAAGAGGGGAUUGAUUAACGGAUUAGGUUCGGUAGUAAAGGCAAUCACAGGAAAUCUAGACGCAGAAGAUGCGGAAAAAUUAGAACAGGAGAUCAGAAGAGUACAGGAAGAGGAGGGAAGGUUAAAUGAAGAAAUAAGUACACGGCAGAACAUGGACAAUAGGUUCAUUAUAAUGUUUAAAAACUUAACACAACAUAUUAACGGAGAACAGGUUAGGGUAAACUCUUUUAUUAACAACUAUAAAAACGGGAUAAGUAAAACAUUUGUGGAAGAAGACUAAAGAAUUUAUAGGAUAGAAUACAUUGACAGAAUUUCAAUCACGAUAGACAUGAUAGCAUUGAACCUCAACGAAGUAACGGAAAGCCUAUUAUUAGCAAGGGUAGGAAUAAUCCCCAAGUUCAUAUUAAAUAAAGAAGAAUCACAGAGAAUUACACAGAAUUUAGAAGACCAAAGGGUGCAGAUAUUAUCAGAGGAACACAUGUACGAAUUUUUAGAGCUAAAGGCCAUAAUGAAUGGUACCGACAUAAUAUUUUCAAUAAGCCUACCAAUUUUUAAGAAAGAAAUGUAUUUACUGAAAAGAAUACUACCAUUACCCAUAAAUAAGACAGAAUUUGUAAUAGCACCUAAUUUUGUAGCUCAUAACAACAACAAAAUGUAUUAUUAUAAGAACAAAUGCCAACAAAUAAGGGAACUUUAUACAUGUAAAAACGACAAGAUUGUAAUAAGAAUCAACGAAGGUUGUCUGAGAAGUCUGAUGAAUGGGGAGGCAACGGAGUGUGAGACAAAAGAUAUAGGAUUCCGCAGAGAAAUUUUCGAACCGGAAAAAGGAUAUAUCGCAAUUUUCAAUGGCGAGAAAGCGAAGAUACAAACGGAUUGUGGACCAGAAGAAAUAUUCAGCGGGUCAGCAAUCAUCAUUUUCAACGAUUGCGGAACAGUAGUUAACAACAUCCAAUGCGAGUCAGUAGAGCAGCUAGAAGUGGGACACAUGAAACUUGAGAUUCCACAGAUAAUGUCUUUGAAGAAAAACCGAACAACUCAAGAAUUGGGGGUCCACGAACUCAAGAUGGAGGACAUCAAAACUAACUUGGAAAUCGGAAGAAUGCGAACCGGAAUGGUGAUACAGGCUACAACAACGUAUGCAGCUCUCGGAGUACUACUGGUGGGUGCAAUAUGCACCGUUUGUUUUUCAAAAAGGACGACCAUUUACGCAACAACUACUUCGAACCCCACGUCCACACCAUCGCACACCUUCGCACCAACCAUUCCUCCGUUAUGGUCGGUAGCUCAGACUGAGGGGGGAGGAGUUACCACCUCAGCACCUACCCUCACCCUCGCCCCGCAGAAACCACUUCGGCUAGUAUAGCAGGCCCUAACGUCAACAACGUCGACUCUGCAACAAAGCUGCACCGGCUCAACUUACACAAACAAAUAUCAGACCUCAGCAACCAAACAUCCGUUCCGAUUGAGGAAUGGAGAGUAAGCAGAUUCUCUGCCGGCCAAAAGAGCAAGGCCAGCAAAUUGUAAUUAAGUUGAAAACCUAAAAACGAAAUAUAG